GCAAAUACGUCUGCCGAUCUAACGACGUCAUUGACCUAUCUGCGCAUGUCACCUCGGACACGCCCAUUGACAGGGUAAUGACUUAAAACUGGAUAUUAAUGUCUACCAUCGUUACAAGACAGCGCAAAAGGUUACAGGUAGCGACUCACACUGGGACUGGUGACUGAAAUAUGGAUAUGUCAAGCACACUGACGUCAGCGUUCGUUGUCUUCAUUAUGGCGAUCACGUGGUUGAGCACGACUUCAGCUGUUCAGGUAGACUCCGCCCCUCCCCCUCCUCCUCCGCCUCCUGGUGAAUCUGGUCCGUGCGCCUAUUACUGUCAGUUCGGACUCCUGCCUGGCAUGUGUAACUGUGACUUGGUGAAUGAGCUGUCAGUUGCUCGGGAAACACCUUGCAUGUUAAAACAUUGUAGAACACAUGAACAGUGUGUGGAGCUGCAUGGUAACCCUGUGUGUGUGGUCGCUGGAUCGAAACCACCGUACACCGACACCUAUAACAGUGGAGCGACACCAGAAAUUUGCCAACAACCAAAAGUGAUUGGAAGAUGUCGAGCUUUUUUUAGAAGAUUUUAUUUCAAUACUAGAACAGGGAUCUGUGAAAGGUUCAUAUACGGCGGAUGUGGAGGAAACACGAACAAUUUUAAAACUCUAGCAGAAUGUCGAACAGCCUGCAUAGAACCAAAACCAGAUAAUCAGUUCAUAGUCGACUUUGAGACAGUCUAUAGAUUUCCAGGAAUUUAAAAACGUCUGCGGAAUAUAGUCUUAAUUUUGAGUUUCUUAAAGGGACAUUACUGAGUUUGCUGCAAUUUUUCAGAUGUUAUCUGCUAACAAAGACUUUUUGACGAUUGUAAUUACAUAUCAAAUAUAUUUUCCUGCAUAACAUAUUAGUGGCUGUA